CCCCUGCAGCUGCAGGAGGACGAGCUGCGGGACGCCGUCCUGCUGGUGUUCGCCAACAAGCAGGACAUGCCCAACGCCAUGGCGGUGAGCGAGCUGACCGACAAGCUGGGGCUGCAGGCGCUGCGCAGCCGGACCUGGUACGUGCAGGCGACGUGCGCGACCCAGGGCACGGGGCUCUACGACGGGCUGGACUGGCUGUCGCACGAGCUCUCCAAGCGCUAG